UGGGCGGGGCCGUCCCCAGGGCCUCUCUUUGCCUCUCAGUGCCUUGGGGCUGGAAUCUGUUUGUGCACAUCUGCAUGCGUGUGUGUGCUCCUGAAGCUGCCCGUCUGUCUGUCCGGCUAAGGAUAAUGUCCCUAGGCGGGGACGGUGUCUGCUUUCCUCCCCUGGCUCGGCUGUCUGUGCCUCCAUGCGUGCACACGUGUGUUACAGGCUGUGGAUACACGUUGAUUCGUAUGUUACUAGGGAUCUUGUGUGCACAUCCCUCAGUGUACCCUUACCUGCGUGUGGCCUUGCACGCGCCCGUGUGUGUGUGUGUGUGUGUGUGUGUAGUGGUGUGCUCACAUGACCUCCGGGCGUGCUGAGGUUACGGAGCCAGCGUGGGCCUCCACGUCCCCCUUCUCCCUGGUGAAAUGAAAUCCCAGUGUCUCUGCUUUUCUGGGGCACCUGCUGCCUCUUUGCUUUCCGUCUCCCGCACCCCCAACCUGACCUCUUGCUCAAGGCAGGAUUGAGGAGAGUGCCGUGCCACUCCUCCCCCACAUCUAGAGCCCUCUUUCCACUUCUUGUUUGCCUCCUUUUUGGCAGUUUUUCCCAUCUUUGCCAUCUGGCCUGGCACUGUGCCCAUUCAGCUCCACUGAUGGGGAGCCCUCGGGAAGCGAGCGGAUCGGGUGGGGACCAGGGCAGGGGCCUGGCAGCUCUCAACAGCUUGGGCCAUUCUGUGUGAGUCUGUGGGAAAGGGGUGGCUUUUUGACAACUAAACUCAAGGGCUUCUCCGCUUUGGAAUGGAGUAAGGCGAGAGCAUCGCCAUCCGCUUUCCUGAAGGAUUCCUAACUCUCUACCUUUUAGCAGCAGCUCACCUAAUACAUUUUGGCCUCUUUAACCUUGCAACUUUGUUGACGAAAGACUUGGGAUUCUUGGAAAAUAAUUUUCCAUUCACUCAGUGUCUAGGAUGUGCCUCCUAGUCGUAGGGAGCUAUGGGUGCUCCAAGUACUGCUUAAGAAUGAUCAAACGUGGGCUUCCCUGGUGGCGCAGUGGUUGGGAGUCCGCCUGCCGAGGCGGACACAGGUUCGUGCCCCCGGCAGGGGACACAGGUUCGUGCCCCGGUCCGGGAAGAUCCCACAUGCCGCGGAGCGGCUGGGCCCCUGAGCCAUGGCCGCUGAGCCUGCACGUCUGAAGCCUAUGCUCUGCAACGGGAGAGGCCACAGCAGUGAGAGGCCCCCGUACCGCAAAAAAAAAAAAAAAGAAUGAUAAAAUGUUACUGUGAUUGUAGCUGUAAACUGUUAUUGAAGUUUUAAUGCAAGCUGUUUCCAAACGAGCUUUUCAAAAGGGACAUGCCUUUCUCUGAGUUAUACAUGCGGACAAGAUAGUCAGGAAUGUGAUAAGAAGUGGUUGGACUGAUGCAAGAAAUAUUAUAACAGGAUUACAGGCUGGGCGGACAUGGGGGGAGGGGGCAGAUUUCCUGAAAGGCAGCCAAUGAAUAUCACAAGGGCCUGCUAGGUAGAGAGACUGAAGUGUGAGUGAGCCUGGGAAGAAAGCUGUGGAAGGUGUGGUCUGCACCCCAGGACCCUACUGUCUGGCUGGGGAAAUGGGACAAAAACACACGUCAUGACCUAAGGAGUUCAAAGCAGCAAACUGUUUCUGUAGGUAAGGGGAAAUCAUCAGGGCGUAUUUGUGUGUGUGUGAAAGAGAGAUGAGUCUGUGUUGCCAGUGUUUGAAGUGGGAGAAAGAAGGAAGUGGGUUAUUAAAAAGUAUAUGUUUCAACUGGACAAAAGAGGAAGUAAAACGAUUCACCUAUGGGCACAAAUUUGAUAUAAGCGGCUGUAAAAGUUAGGUGCUCUGUGCGGCAUCCAGCCGCAUACCCACCCACCCACUCUUAUUGGAAGCAGCUUUUUGGACUUUGGAGCCCGGAUGUCCUGGAUUUGAGGCCUGACUUCACUCCUCACUGACUGAGCUCUUAAGGAAAAAUCAGGAGAAACUCCUACCUCAAAGGGCUGUUGGAAGGAUUAGAGCUCGUGCGUGUAAAACACCCUGCGAGAUGGUGAGGGAUCAGUAAAUGGUAGCCAUUAUUUUUGACCCAACAUUUAUGGAGGGAGGGCUGGGACUACAGAGAUGAGUAAGUCACAGCCCCCAGGCCCUCCCUCAAGGAGCUCCCAGGCGGGCGGGAGAGGCAGACCAAGAACAGCCAAUUAUAGCACAGGUGGGAACAGCUGACCUGUGGCCAAAGUGCUGGGAAAGCUCCAGUGAGGGGACUCGCCUGGUGGGAAGGGAGGGAGUCAGGAAAGGCAUCAUGGGGUCCUGAGAAAUGAUUGAGUUUGCCAGUUGGAGGAUGGGAGAAAGGGCAUUCCCAGUUGCAGAAACAGCACGUGCACAGACAGAGCCCUGAAGAUGUAAGGUCUCCACUGAGGCCGAUGAAGCUCUGACCAAGGGCAUCUGAUCCUCCGCAGCUGUCGGCCCUGCAGCCACAGCCACAAGUCUAUGCCCGGCCCCCGCUUGCUCUGGGACUCUGUGCAGCCUCCAGGCCCCCGCCGUGGAGACUGGAGAUGAACGCGAAGCCAGCACGCGGGUGCGCCCCCUGAUGCUCCCGGCCUAGCUCCUCCUCACCCUUUGGCACGAUGCUGGCCAACUUCUCGGCCAACGACUCUGAUCUCAGGUGCCCGGACCACCAGCCCAUCCACCACCUGCACUUGGUGGUCUACAGCCUGGUGCUGGCGGCAGGGCUCCCCCUCAACGCGCUGGCCCUCUGGGUCUUCCUGCACGCGCUGCGCGUGCACUCGGUAGUGAGCGUGUACAUGUGCAACCUGGCGGCCAGCGACCUCCUCUUCACCCUGUCGCUGCCCUUGCGCCUCUCCUACUAUGCGCAGCACUACUGGCCCUUCUCGGACCUCCUGUGCCAGCUGGCGGGCGCCGUCUUCCAGAUGAACAUGUACGGCAGCUGCAUCUUCCUGACCCUCAUCAACGUGGACCGCUACGUCGCUAUCGUGCACCCGCUGCGGCUGCGCCACCUGCGGCGGCCCCGCGUGGCGCGGCUGCUCUGCCUGGGCGUGUGGGCGCUUAUCCUGCUGUUCGCCGUGCCCACCGUCCUGGUGCACCGGCCCUCACCCUGCGCCCGCGACGGCCGCUGGGUGCACUUGUGCUUCGAGAACUUCAGCGACGAGCUGUGGAAGGGCAGGCUGCUGCCGCUCCUGCUGCUAGCCGAGGCGCUGGGAUUCCUGCUGCCCCUGGUAGCCGUGGUCUACUCUUCGGUCCGUGUCUUCUGCACCCUGGCGCGGCCCGACGCCACGCGGAGCCAGCGGCGGCAGAAGACGGUGCGCCUCCUGCUGGCCAGCCUGGUCAUCUUCCUGCUGUGCUUCGUGCCCUACAACGCCACGCUGGCCGUGUACGGGCUGCUGCGCGGCCACGUGGUGCUGGCCAGCCCGGCGGCGCGCAACCAGGUGCGCGGGGUGCUGAUGGUCAUGGUGCUGCUGGCCGGCGCCAACUGCGUGCUCGACCCGCUGGUGUACUACUUCAGCGCCGAGGGUUUCCGCAACACCCUGCGCAGCCUGAGCUCUCCUCUCCGGGCCAGGACCUCGGCCACCAACGGGGCUCGGGGGGCACUCGCCGAACCAACCGCUGAGACCUCCCACGCCACCGUGCCGGCCGCCGCCAGCCAGGGGCUGCUCCGGCCCUCCGACCCCCGGGACUCCUUCACCCGGUGCUCCGAGGACUCGUCCCUCUGAACGCACGUCGUGCCAGAGCGCGGUUCCCUCACCCCACCCCCACGUCUCUCGCACUCGCAGACACGCAGGGUGUGUGCACAGCAGGGCGGUGGGUUGGGCACUUGGACUUCUGAGCGGCAGCUCCAGCUCACAGAUGCAGAAGGGAACAAAGUGUGGGGGGCAGGGGCCCGGGGAGGGAAGAGCGCGGCUGCAAACGUCUUUAACUAGGUGGUGAUGGCGAGCGCAGAAGGACCUCUUCCUUAGUACCUAGGAAGUGCUGCCGUGAGCCUGCCCGUGCAGAGGCGGGAGACUGGAUGAAAUGCCCUUGGCGGGGCAUGAAACACGGCCCGGCCCGUAGCUGGUAGCUGGAGCAGAAGAUGGGUGUCCUGCGUUUAGACCGACCACAGAGGUCUUUGGGCCAUGGACGCCACCCACUCCCCUUUCCACCUGGGCUCUGCCUGCCCAGCACUGAGGCGUAAUGUAAAAGCGUAUUGGAUGCCGGCUGAAUUGGUUUCCUUCUUGUCUAGUGACUUUUAACAAUUUAGAUCUGACGCCCAGCGUGGGUGGGUGGGGGCAGAGGGGGUUUUCCUCCGAGUUCCUGGUCACUGUUCCCCUUUCUAGGUCCUGCCUUCCCCUUCCACCUCACCCACCCUUUCAAAAGCUCCUCCAUUCUAGAUCCUAAAUCCCCACCACCACCACCGUGUGUGUGUGUCUCUGCUGCUUCGUCUAGAAUAAGGAGAACAUUCUCUGUACUAAAGAAGUAGUUCUCCAAUUUUGGGGUCUCAGACCCUUUUACACUCUUAAAAAUGGAGAAUUCCAAAGAGAGUUUGCUUAUACUUUGUCCUUUUGAUACAUGACCAUAUUAGAAAUAAUAGUAAGUUUUCUAAAACAGAAAUACCCAAGCACACAUUCCAAUAGCUAUGAGAGCAAGUGUCAUCACACUUCAUGAAGCCUCUGGAAAACUCCACCGUCUACUCGUGAGACAAUGAGUGAAAAGGACAAAAGACAUCUUAGUAGUAGUAUCAUGAAAACGGUUUUGUUCUCGUGGACUUCCUCAAAGAAUCCAUCCUCAGAUCACACUUGGAGAGCCAUACCUGUACUGGAGUAUUAGAGUCAUGUGUAAAGUCUUCCCAGGCCAUUAUGUACAUUGUUCUUAUCGCUGCAAGGAGAGGGCAAUGCUCAGCAAAUCAAUUGCUAAUUGUAGUCCCUAAGGCUUGGGGUUUUCGGGGUGGGGGGUGGGGAGGAGUUGCACACCGAGUGCACACCACCUGGGGCUUCCUGGAGCUGCAGAGGGAGGUGGAGCUGGAACUAGUUGCACAGAUACUCAGGAGGAGGUGGAGGGCUUCUCUGGGCAGGGAAAAGGGAGCUGUGCCAGAGCCAGACAAGAAGUUUAUGGGAAAGUAAGAGUGUGAUGGACGGGAGGACGGGAGUAAGCUGACUGCUCUUGGCAAGCUGGAGGUAAGGAAAUGGAAGUCUGAUUUACAGGCCACCUACUGUCUUCCCUCUUUAGCGGAGUCGGGGCUGGGAGGAAUGGCGGAGUUGGCACUGUGACAUCUUGAGACCCUGACAUUAGUGAGAUUCGUGAGGGAGUUGAUGCCAUGCACACGUCCUGCAUGCAUUUCUGUCCCUAUGUCUCUCAAUGCUGUAUGUUUCUGUGUAUGUGCGUGUGUGUGUGUGUGACAGUGUCAGAGUUUUCCCGGGUGCGUCUCUGUGUGUUUAGUUCGGACUAAGACUUUUGUGUGUCUUUACGUGAUCGCUCCAGAUGGUGAUUUACAAGGGUAAAAUGACCCCUGGUGGCCAAACCGGAGAACUGACCCAGAUUCCUCAGUGAUAGCCGUGAAGCCGGGCUUUCCUCCAUCUGGCGGAUUAGAGCCCUCACCUCCUGCUGCUCUAGAGAGGGCUUGAUGGUUAGCACCUGCUCCGUCUUGCUCCAUCCUUAGGGUUCAGGACCCACGCCCUUCCAGCCCUGGGGGCACCAAACGUCAUCACCGUCCAAAGUCUCAGGACUUUGCCCUAUCCAAACUGAACAGAAUACAAUUUUUAAAAAUUACUUGAGUAUUUUUUUUUUUUUUUCCGUUCGCGGGCCUCUCACUGUUGUGGCCUCUUCCGUUGCGGAGCACAGGCUCCGGACGCGCAGGCUCAGCGGCCAUGGCUCAUGGGCGCAGCCGCUCCGCGGCAUGUGGGAUCUUCCCAGACCGGGGCACGAACCCAUGUUCCCUGCAUCUGGCAGGCGGACUCUCAACCAUUGCGCCACCAGGGAAGCCCUACUUGAGUAUUUUUAUAUGAAGAUAAUGUGAAUGAAUUCCAAAGUAAUUAAAACUCACAUAGCAAGUUUCUUCCAACAUAGUAUAUAAUUUACUUAUUUAUUUAUUAUAACUUUUAUAGUUUAUUUUCUGUCCCCCACCCCACCCCCAAAGUAGAAUGUAAGCUCCCUGGGGGCAGGGAUUUUUGCUUGGUCCGUUUCCUGAUGUAUCCCCAGCAUCUAGAACAGCGCCUGGCGUAAAAGAAGUACUUAAUAAAUAUUUGUUGAAUGAUGAACAGUUGAAUCUUUUUUUAAAUUUAUUUUUUAUUGAAGUAUAGUUGAAUUACAAUGUUGUGUUAAUUACUGCUGUAAAGAACAGUUGAAUCUCUCUGUGAAGUAGGUUACUAUCUAGUGGGGACCACAGAACAAGUCAACAAUAAUUAUCAUUCAAGAUGGAA